AUGACCUUAGUGCCGGUGAUUGCUUUUAUAAUUACUAUGCUCAAGGAUCUUUGGAUUGUCAAACAAAAGAAUCCGACCAUUCUUUGGGAGUAUACAAUGCCUGGUGAUGUUGCAUUUUUUGGUCUUUCAGCCUAUGUUCUUGGGAGCCUUAGAAAAAAUGAAACAUCAAGGCCAUAUCCCAAUAAUGGGAUUUGGGAUAAAUUUUUGAAGGAAGAAUAUAAUUUGACUCUCUUUAAUGUUGGAAAGGAACAUCCUUAUUCAGAAUACAUUAACAAUCUUAAAAUUCCAGUACAACCCAACAAUGGUGAUAAAUCACCUUCUUUCCUUUUGUACAACUUGCCAGAAACUAAUAAUGAAGGGAUAAUAAAUGGUAGUUAUGUUAAUAAAAAUUAUAUGAAUAAGUUAAAGGAAAAGGCUAUGAGUUGGAGAUGGUUUAUUAUGCUUGAAAAAUUGUGUAGAAGUGGAAAGACUCGUAACUUGUUUGAAUUGCUAUGUCAAGUAUAUGGUAUCUAUUUUACAAUGCUUGCAGGUCAUGGCAACCCUGGGUCCAAAAACUUGAAUGUGGCUAUCCAUGAAAUGGGACGUGAAUUUAAGAAAGAUGAUUCAAGGGCAAAUACUGAUAUGGCUCUCAACUCAAUUGUUUAUUUAUCAAAACUUCUUAAAAAAGCUAAAGAAGACCAUUGUAUACAAUUUUACUUUGUUCAAAUUGAAUGGCUUUAUAUGAAUAAUGUUGGUGUCAUCAUGUCCAGGACAGGAUUAAAAAUGGAAGCUAUUGAGAAGAGUUCAGGUAGCUUUGUUGCUAAAUCAGGUGGACUUCUCACUACUGAUGAUUUUUUUGGUGUUAUUGGCAGAUAUCGUUUUACUAUUAAGUUUCUGGAAGUUAUAUUCAAAAAUGAAGAACAUUGCAAAAUUGAUGAUGGAAUAGAAAGAUGCUAUUAUUACUAUGGUCAUCCUGUUAUUUUAAAAAAGGAUUCAUUGAAGAUCAUUGAGGUUGGAUUUGGAGAGUUAGAAAGGAUUCAACUGGAUACAGAGCAAGAAGGAGUAACAGCAUUUGCACAACUAUCAGAACCACUAUGUGUUAUGGUAUUCAUUAAAUAUAUGGAAUCAAAGGAUGAAUCUUAUAAUCCAUUGUUAAAGGAAAUGUGUCAUAACUUCCAAUUUCAUCACACUGUGGCCAUUGGCAUUGAUCAAUAUCAAUUUCUUAAAUAUCCAAACUCAACAUUCUUUGUUUCAGAAGAUACAGCUGGUCCAGAUUUGGUUUUUAUAGUUCAAUUUAAAGGUCCUGGUGAAAACUAUAUAGAUGUGCCAGUUUUUAUUCAAGCAAAAUUAUCAGUGAAUAUAAAACCAGCAAAAGCCAUUAGAACAACAGAUCCUAAUGCAUUUUAUGCAUAUCAAAAGAAAGAAAAUGAAUUAGGUGAUGAUGAACCAAAUUUCACAAAUGAGCCACUUGUAAAUUAUUGA